GAGAGCACACCAGCUGCUGUUUCCCCAUAGUCCUCGCAAUCCGCAGCAGACAGGCAGCUGCUUAGAGAAACGUUGGCCUGAGCUUCAAGUUCCUUUUCGUUCUGCGAUUCCCAUGGCGAUGCUCUGGAGCCUGGUGGCAGUGAUGGCAGCCCUGUCAGCAGGUGUGGUGGAGGUAUGGGCCAGUGUGGAGAACGAGCUUUCCCCGGAGUGCCGGGAAUUUCUCUACAUGGGUACCCCGCCGGUGGGACUGGAGGACCAUUCUCUAAAGAUGAUUUGCCAGCGAUACAACUUCAAGCCUCGAUACAUCACCCUUUACGACACCAUCGACCACGUCCCUGUUUACUCUGCCUAUACCUUCAAGCGUUCUGAUGGGGAGAAGAUGGUGGAUGCACCCUGGAUGUUCGAGCCCCAGCUGUCAACCUCAUCAGACACAGGCGAGAUGCAGCCAUUUCCCCAGGGACAAACGCACCACAACUUUGAGGAUGCCCAGGCCGUGCUUGAAGACUACGCCAAUGCUGUUAGCUAUGAGCGUGGCCACCUCAGUCCAGAUGAGCAUCAGGCUGACCCCGAUGACAAGGCAGCUACCUAUACCUUGACCAAUGUGGUACCACAGGUACGGGAGUUCAACAUUGGCCCAUGGAAGGCCCAGGAGCAUCGCAUCCGCAAACGACUCAACAACUAUUGCCGGGGCAAAGCGUAUGUGGUGACUGGCAUCACCACAUCAGGCAACAUGAUUCGGCACCACAACAUCGACCGUGUGGCCAUCCCCACAUACUUGUGGUCUGCCUACUGCUGCACAGACUUUGAUCACAAUGCGCCUUAUGAGGAGCGUUACAAGUUUCCCGCCUUUGCCCAUUAUGGCCUCAAUGACAAAGUGAACAACAAGGUUGUAGAGAUGUCUGUCAAGAAGCUGGAGGACUUUCUCAAGUCUUCCACCUUUGUGGACAAGAAUUUCCAGAUCUUUGUGGAUGACUGUGUGCCCCCAGCCUCACCCCACAGUCGUUGACUUUCUAGAUUCCCUGGUUUCUGGUGUUAUUUCCACAUGUGGAGAAAACACAUCCACUCUUCUCUCAAAGUUAUUGUGACAGUCGGUUAUUGUAGGUCCCUAUAAAUUCCACAGCCAAGUAAAAUCUCUUCAUCAAAAAGAUCAUGAGUGGCAUUGCUUUUAAAUUCAACAGUCAACAUGAGAAGUUUUAGCUUUUUAA